AUGACUUCAACAGUUCUAACUAUUCAAGACGACGAUCCAUUCGAAAAACCCACAUUCGUAACGUAUCACCAAAAGACAGUAUGGGGAGCUCUGUGCGAUCUAAUCGAUAACCUAACACCAUCGUCUUUGCUCCUAUUUUGGAUAAUCGUUCAGAUUUUGUUCUAUAUUCUAACGCUAACCAUAGUCGUGACGCAUUUAUCAGCCUUACUCAAGUUCCAAUGUUACAGAGAUUUCCAUGAAGGCAACCAAACCUGUCCUCAUUCCCCUGCUCAUGGAGACCACCCCGUUGAACACCACGAUGCUUCCCAUGAAGAAUCACGUGUACGAAGUUUGUCCAAAACGACGAUACCAUUAUGGAUGAAAUACAGGCAAGAUUUAGAAAGGAAGAUCUAUUAG